CCGUGCAGGCGGGCGGCUGCGGUGGGCGGGAGCUGAAAAUAAGAAGCUCCAGGCGCACGGAGCCCGCCGCCCAGUCGCCGCGGUGGCUGCCGGGAUGCGCCGCAGCGAAUGGUCGCGCCGGGCGCCGCUCUGAGUGACCUUUCACCCGAGCCCAGCGGCCUCGGGCGGCGGCACAAGGCGAACGCCAUGGCGGAGGCGGCGGCUGCGGCGGGCGGGACGGCCGCGGGCGCGGGCGCGGGCUCCGGGUCCGCAGCGGACCGGGACCGGGAUCCGGAGCGGGACCGCGCCGGGCGGAGGCUGCGGGUUCUUUCAGGCCAUCUGCUGGGCCGGCCGCAGGAAGCUCUGAGUACCAAUGAUUGCAAAGCGCGGAGAGCCGCGGCGACCGCCACGGCGGCGCCCACUGCCACUCCCGCCGCUCAGGAGUCGGGCAUCAUCCCCAAGAAGCGGCAAGAAGUUAUGAAAUGGAAUGGAUGGGGAUAUAAUGAUUCCAAGUUCAUCUUCAAUAAGAAAGGACAAAUUGAGUUGACUGGGAAAAGGUACCCUCUUAGUGGCAUGGCAUUGCCAACUUUUAGAGAGUGGAUCCAAAAUACCCUUGGAAUAAAUGUGGAGCAUAAAACUACCUCUAAAGCAUCCUUAAAUCCUAGUGAUACACCUCCUUCUAUUGUAAAUGAAGAUUUUCUUCAUGACCUUAAAGAAACUAAUAUUUCAUAUUCACAAGAAGCAGAUGAUCGAGUAUUUAGAGCUCAUGGUCAUUGUCUUCAUGAGAUAUUUUUGCUCAGGGAAGGAAUGUUUCAGAGAAUUCCUGAUAUAGUUUUAUGGCCAACAUGUCAUGAUGAUGUAGUUAAGAUUGUGAAUCUAGCGUGCAAAUAUAACCUUUGUAUCAUACCAAUUGGUGGAGGAACAAGUGUUUCAUAUGGCCUGAUGUGUCCUGCAGAUGAGACAAGAACAAUUAUUUCUUUAGACACUUCACAAAUGAAUCGUAUCCUCUGGGUUGAUGAAAACAAUCUGACAGCUCAUGUAGAGGCUGGCAUAACAGGACAAGAAUUGGAAAGACAGCUUAAAGAAAGUGGUUAUUGUACAGGUCAUGAACCAGAUUCCCUGGAAUUCAGCACUGUGGGAGGAUGGGUAUCUACUCGAGCAUCAGGCAUGAAGAAGAAUAUCUAUGGCAAUAUUGAGGACUUGGUGGUUCAUAUAAAAAUGGUAACACCUAGAGGUAUAAUAGAAAAAAGCUGUCAAGGACCUCGAAUGUCAACAGGCCCUGAUAUCCAUCACUUCAUCAUGGGAUCUGAAGGAACUCUUGGUGUGAUAACAGAAGCUACAAUAAAAAUCAGACCAAUCCCUGAAUACCAAAAGUAUGGCUCAGUAGCUUUCCCUAAUUUUGAACAAGGAGUAGCCUGUUUAAGAGAAAUUGCAAAACAGAGAUGUGCUCCUGCAUCUAUUCGCCUAAUGGACAACCAGCAGUUUCAGUUUGGUUAUGCGCUUAAACCUCAGGUUUCCUCUAUUUUUACAUCAUUUUUGGAUGGAUUAAAAAAGUUUUAUAUUACAAAGUUUAAAGGAUUUGAUCCAAAUCAGCUAAGUGUCGCUACAUUACUGUUUGAGGGGGAUCGUGAGAAGGUUCUUCAACAUGAAAAACAAGUGUAUGACAUUGCUGCAAAAUUUGGGGGAUUGGCAGCUGGAGAAGAUAAUGGACAGAGAGGUUAUUUGUUGACCUAUGUCAUUGCAUACCUUCGAGAUUUGGGUUUGGAAUACUAUGUAUUAGGAGAAUCGUUUGAGACUUCUGCUCCUUGGGACAGGGUUGUAGAUCUCUGUAGAAAUGUAAAAGAAAGAAUAACAAGGGAAUGCAAAGAGAAGGGUGUUCAGUUUGCUCCUCUUUCUACAUGCAGGGUGACACAGACUUAUGAUGCAGGUGCAUGUAUCUAUUUCUACUUUGCCUUUAACUACAGGGGAAUCAGUGACCCACUGGCUGUGUUUGAACAAACUGAGACAGCUGCUAGAGAAGAAAUCCUCGCUAAUGGAGGGAGCCUGUCGCAUCACCAUGGAGUGGGCAAGUUACGGAAGCAGUGGCUAAAGGAAAGUAUCUCUGAUGUCGGCUUUGGGAUGCUGAAGUCUGUCAAGGAAUAUGUGGACCCCAAUAACAUCUUUGGAAACAGAAACCUUUUAUAAAUCCAUUACUAUUGCUAAGAAAAAUGUCACUUUUAAGUCUUUAACUAUGGUUAUACCAGUAAUCAAAUAUAUCAUGGACUUUAUUUCAGCUGCAUUUGUUUGUUGGUUUAAAAUAAGUUUGUUUCAUUCUGUAGUUUGUUUUGUUUCUGCAUCUAUGGAUUGACAGAUGGUAUUCCUAAAUCUCUCUCAUUGUAGGUGCAUUAGUUUACAGCCAACUGGUUGUCAUUUCAAAUUUCAGUCAGGCAGCACAAGGCUGGCUACCAGUUGUUAUUUCAGAGGAGGAUGCUGCCAGCUGUUUUGUAUUGAUGUUUCUUCUUGGGGAACAAAGGCAGAUUUUGGUGUCAUCUAUUGUUUCGCCUGCCCGCUUUUUAAAAGAAUGUUUCUGAGAAGCAGCUAUGUAGGGAAGGAUUCCACUGAGGAGUUAUAUACAUGUAUGUUUUUUUAAGAGUGCGUUACUAGUGUGAGUAGGCCAUUAAGGGAAAAUACCUGUGAAAGAGUAUAGGCAACCUCUUACUUAGGACUCCUCCAGUUCUGUAAGAUGCGUGGCCUACAUUUUUCUUUGAAAUUAGUAUCCAGUUAUGAAACCUUAAAUCAUUAGGAUGAUUUAUUCUGUCAGGGGACAUCUUUUGUUCUCCAUAUUUCUGUUUCUGCUGAGGUAUGAGUUGAAUUUGUAUCACUGAGAUAACAUAUGGUUAUAUCCUAAUUCAUUUUUUAUAUGUUUUAUAAGGAAAGCUGAUGUCUCUUUCAUUGUAUGUGAAGAAAAGGUUUACCAUGAAAGAAAUGCCUUUAUUCAAUUUAGAGUACCGAUGUUUCUCAUUUCACAUUCUUGUUGCUGAGAUGCAGGAGAAGCUGCCAGAAGGAAGACUCCUUACAUUGAAUGUCUCCAGUUCAAAGAAUUGCUUGGCUGAAGAAACGCAGUCAUCAUUCAGCUACUGAAAUGGGAAAACCUCAAUAGUUUCAAUGAGAAAAAGCCUUUUUGUAAAAAAAAUUAGCCCAAACAACAUGAAAAAUUUCCAUAUAAAAGUAGAGUUUCAAUUUAGUUUUUAACAAUGGUUUAAUGCCUUUUUUGAAUUACUGGUUUAACCUAAAUUUUUAAAACAGUAGUUAUUAAUACACAUGCCAUAAUCAAAAGUUUGAAAUAUCAUAUUUCUUAAAUAAUAGAACAUUAACCACACAUAGCAAACAUUUUUACAUUCAAACCUGCAUAUUAAAUAGUUACGUUGAAUCACUGUCAAGGUUCAUGAUUCACAUUUUGAGAUGGAUUCUUUUCUUAAUGCAAUAUCUAACUUUUGAUAAUUUUUUUAAAAUUAAUAUUUGAUCAACUAAUGUAAGUCAAAAUGCAGACGAUCCUUUAAAAGGACACACUGUCUGUUUAUGUAGCAACAGCUCCAAAGUAUUUUUGGGCAGUUUGAUACCUUUUAUAUCUGAUGUAGCCUUAACCAGAAAAGUGAAAAUCUAAAAUUGACAAAGUAAUAUUUUUAAGACUUCAAAAUGAUAAAUAAUUUUUAACAAAAUUGGCCUCAAACUAAUAAACUUGAAAUCUGAAGCAAAUAAAAUUGAAAUACUAGUUUAACAAAAACAAAAUAAUUAUUUAUUAGAUGCUGCCUCUCUUCACUGGUGAUUUAUUUUUAAUUAGAAAAUUUCCAGCAGAUCUUUGCUUCAAGCCCUUGAUAUUUGAAAUAGUUGGAUACCUGAUGAGGAAAUUAACACUUGCUUCUAGGGUUAUAAGAAUCUCAGCUUUAUAAAAUGCAUCUAUUCAUGAAACUAAUUUCUCUAAUUGGUGAUCAAAAUGUAAAAUUUAAUACAGUACUAAUAUCUCACUGACGUGUAUACAUGUUUCUGAGUAAUAUUUUUACAAUAAAACAUAGAUUCAUAAGCAGAUCCAUUCCUUUGCACGUGAUUGUUAUAACAUUCUUUCCCAGGGAGUUCAGGUUUCAGCAACCUCAGGAUUAGGAAAUGUAACACCUGAAAUUGUUGGUUCAUUAUUCUACAUGAACCUUAUGGAAAUUAGUGAUUUAUGCUUUUGUUUUUCUUCUCCGAUGCAUGCCUGACUCCCCAACCUUGAUUUUAUAGUGACGACUACAUUUUGCAGUUUGAAUCAUUUCUACAGGGAUGAUUUUGAAACAUAUGAACACUUGUCAGUACUGUUUCGUUCUGAUUUAGUAAAUCAGAAAGCACUUCCCUGCUUCCACACUCCUGCUACUGAGAGGUGCCUGAGCAUAUACUUAGUGUCUGCAGAGAGUUGACUUCUUGUAUACCCACAGAAGCACUUAAAACCUUGCCUCCUGUUUCUGAAAUAUCUGAAAAUGGCUUCAUAAAAGUUAAAGCCAGGGAUGUUGCUUAUGUGAGGCUUGAAUAAGUUUAUUUAUGUAGCCUAUUUGGUUUUCAGGACUGUAUAACAUUGAUUUGUCUUUCUAAAAUUAGCUAUAUUUUAUUUGAUGAUGUCACAUUUGAGUUGGCAUUUUAGUGGGAAUAGGAAUUGCUGCUAGUGAGAAAUGGCGUUGAAUACUAAGGACUCAGUAUGAACAAGCUUUAUUGACCCUUAGAGAAAUGGUUGCCUUAAUGUUUGGUGCACUUUACAAUGUAUAAGUGAGUUUAUUAGUCUUAUACUAAGUAACAUGAGCUUUUUUAGUUUUAGUUAGAAUUGCAAAAGCCACAUGUUUACUGUGCCCAGCAUUUUACCACAAAGAAGGAUUACAUUCUUUCCUAUGUUGAGGAAUUGGGAGUUUUCUUCCUAAAUAGUACUCUUACCUAAAAGCUAAUUAUGAAGCUGGAAGCCUUCUGGUAUACAUAGCUGUGUUGAUGUAUUUUGGAAAACAAAAAUGCAGUGAAUGAUGAGCUUCUAUCAGUGUGUGUAUUAAACUAGAUGCAGGUGGUUACAAGCAAACCUCUUUCAGAAUAUCCCUUUAGUAACUGCUAAGUAAGUCCUAGCUUGCAUUUUUGAAAAUGACUUUUGCCUGUUGGCUCCAGUGAUUUUUCUGCUGUCAUAUUCUUUUGUAUUUUCUACUUCCUAACUAUAGUUGAUCAGAAAAGCCCUGUGGUCCCAAGCUGAAGCCUGUAACCUCAGCUGCUCCAAUGGGCUGAGUUUGGUUGAGCAUUUAUUCUAUGUAAACAUAGGACACAAAUAUUUAUUAUGCAUCGAUGCAUAAACUGCACAUGCAGGUGCUUGAAGCAACCAAGGUGGAAUUCUGUGGAAAGCAUAUCUACAUUUUAAGAAGCACUGAGACAGGAGAUAAAGAUAGCUUUAAUAACUAAUCUUUAGCAACUUUAAUUUUAAUUAGGGUUUAGCUCAUGGUGUGUGAAAAGCCAAAAAUAAGAAGUGCCAGGUUAGGACUGAAGAAUCCAGAACCACCUUUGGCUUAACGAGUUCUGGAAGCUUGAAGUCUUCACAUUCCCAGAUGAGCCACCUGUCAAUAUAUGUGUUCAAUCCUUACUAAUUUCAUAUACAUUGAUGCUGAAAUCCAGGAGGUGUAAAAGGUUGUUUUAAACUAUUGAAAUACAGUGUGUGACAUAAAGUAUGUAAGUUACUCAGCUUUCUUCUCCCUAAGCCAACUGUUUGUCUUUAGUAUGAAAUUUAACUGUAAAAGCUACCUGUAAUGUCACCAGAUUAUAGAAACUUAUAUUAUUAAUAAAAUGGACCUGGGUCUAAGAGAUUUUUUUCUUCAAGGGGAGUAUGAAGGUGUUUGUUCUUCUGUUUGCAUCUGGGUUUGUCUUUCAAUUUUAGUUCUUCAUCUUCAUAUUUCCACUAAUUUGAAAACAAAAUUUUUGUGAUUUUAUUAAUGAAGCAUAAUCAAGUACAACCUAAAUAUAACUAAAUCUUUUUGGAUUUAUAGCUGAGUAUAUUGUUAGCUAGGUUUAAUUACUCUCUAAUUAUUUUAAAUCAAUGUUAUAUUCCUAGGAGGUGUUUAGUUUCCUGUGAACCUGAAGCAUUCCCAUUUGAACUUUGGAAGAUCCUCAAAGAAUGAGCACUUUUGUGCUCUUCUAACCACAACAAUUCCUUAAGAAACGUGAGUAAGGACCACUGAAGCCAAAGAACCAUCACAGAAUUAAGUAACUUUAAUUCUGUGAGCAUGAAAAGAUUUUGUUUUGCUUCCCUAAGGAGUUUACUUUAUACUUUUUCUUCCCCACAAGGAACAAGAUAAUACAUUAAGUAUCAUUAAGAACAUUUUUCAAAUAGUCUGAACUUCCAAAUGAGAGAGAGAGAGAGAGAGAGAAAGGAAACAAAUGUUUUAGUGUGGGUUUCUAAGUAGUAUAUGUACAUGUUUUUAAGGCAUCUUAUUGUUGGUAGUGUUUUUUGUGAGCACCCUAUGAUGAAACGUGUUGUUUAACCACUAAAGCAGUCUUGUUCACAUAUCAAAAAGGACAUGAAACACUUGUGCUGGUAUACAGUUUCUAUAAAUAAUUAUUUUUUGAGCUAUUUAAAGAAUAUUCCCCCAAAGCAUACAGUGCCUUGUUGGGAUUUUUUUUUUCCCCUCCCAUGAAAUAGCCAUUAUUUAAAAUGAGUGGGAGAGGAUAAGUCUUUAAAGACAGAGCUUGUGUAGCAGUUCAAAGCGAUUCCUCUUCGAGAACACAUCAGGAAUUAAGUAGUUGUGUGUAGAAACAUGGAAGAUCCUUCCACAGUGUUGGUUUCAAUCACGUGUUCUUGCCUAUUGAACUAAUCGUGUGGUAGACCUGUACUCUUACGUACACCUAUUCAGUCAGUGGAACUUACAUGUACUUUCUUGCAUUUUCACUCCUACUGUCGCAGCUUAGUAGCCCUAAGAUGUGGCUCGGCGGACGUGGCAUACUCACUGUGUCAUGAAGACACCCACUGCACAUCUUAGCUGUUUGCUCACACAGCUUCCUGAGGAGCAGAGCCUGGAGUCGGGGAGGGGGUGGGGUUCGUACUCCUUAUGUUGUGCGUCAGUCGUUUUUUGUGUGAUGGUGCCUUCAGAGUAAUAAAUAUUUCUGUUUCUGAACAAUGAUAAAUCUUAUGAGAAAUAUGUGUAGGUCAUGUUCCUUCAUUUUUGUCCUUUUUUUGCUAAGCCUGUGAAAUACUUUGGCUCUGAGACAACUUGACUUGAAUAAUAUCUUAUCCCGAGUCUUCCUCCAAGGCAGUGCAUCUUUCCUGCCAGGACUGUAGUCACCUUUUGGGAACUACACGUGGGUGAGCACUUGUGUGUAAGCCAUUAUACUGCUGUAACUAAUGCAUACAAACCGUUCUUCACACUAAUAGUCUUCAAAGUGGGUAUGUAGUGGGAAGGAAAAUUGCUUAGGGAUUCCAGCGUAGCUCUGUCAGUUCAGACUGAGCCAUACUGUUUUCCAAAGGGCUCAACACACAGUCUGUGUACUGUACUUCCAGUGCAUGUUUGGAUUCUCCUUUUACUGCUUUUCCUAGACUGUACUGUUCUAUAAGUAAAUGCCCAUGUGUGAUUUUUAAGAUGUGCUGGGGAAAAAAUAAUAAAACAAUACCCAAACCACG